CUUCUUUCUUCCUUUAAACCACUUUAUGUAAUUAUGUUACCAUUCAAACAUCACCAACGUUUAAAUAGAGUAGUUCCUAUUGUAGUUUUAUUAUUUACUCUUACCGCUUUUCUCUUUCUUUAUCAACAUACCCAAGAACAACGUCGUCAAGAUGACAUACAAAGAGCUCAACAGGAACAGUUAGAACUUGCUCAGCAAAAAGAACAAAAAGAACUUGAAAAACAACGAUAUUUAGAAUGGAUAGAUCAACAAAGAACUGUACACGAACCAAUUUUAAAUGAUACAAAGAAAAUAGAUCAAUUUGAUAGAUUGAUAAAAACACAUGAUAUUGCUAUACCUUCUCCGUUACCACCUUGGACAGGUACUAUCUUAUCAAAAAAAAAAAAAAUUGUUUUAUUCCUUUUCUCUGACUCUAUAAAAAAAAACAUUAUUCCUUUUAAUUUUUCUACUAUACCAGAUGCUGAUGAGCAAUUACUGCAAAUGAGUCUUGGAGCAAGCAUACGAGCUGAUUUAUUAACAACACAUGAAAUCAAAGUAGAUUUUAGACAAAUCACCAGUCAACAGAGAGUAUAUAAAUCUCUCUAUCAAUAUUUCGAUACCCUGCUGGCAGCACAAACAGAUGUACUCUCUGAUGAGAAAUAUAAAGCAUCAUGGGAUCUUUUUAUAUCGUUAGAAAAACAACUUUAUCCAUGGAUUCAUCCUUAUUGGGAAAAUGUAUUUGCUAUCAACUCUGUAAAAAAUAACACUACUACUGCAAGUGAUCGAGGCAUUGUGAUGUGUGUUGGUGAUUCACAAUUCCAUUUUGCCAUCAGAACCAUUCAAGCUAUUCGUACUAUUCUUCAAUGUGAUCUCCCUAUUGAAAUCUUUGCCAUUGAUGAUGAUGAUCUGUCACCGGCCAAACGUGCUACUUUGACUGAACUCUUCAAGGAUGUAUCGGUGUAUAACAUUGCAGAUAGGAUCAAUGAAGAAGGGACUGAUUUUGUUGGCUGGGCCUUGAAACCUUUUGCCGCACUGGCCAGUAGUUUUCAACAAGUGAUCUUGAUGGAUGCCGAUGUUUAUUUCUUCCAAUCACCCACCACUCUGUUUGAUGAUCCAGGUUAUAAAGCAACGGGUACUUUAUUCUUUUAUGAUCGCACUCUUUUUGGUGACUGGACAGUGGGUCGCCAUUGGCUUGAUUCUUUCUUACCAUCCACGAGCUCCCUUGUUCCUCAUCUACGUUGGUGGAAUUAUUUAUCUGCUCAUGAACAAGAAUCUGGCGUUGUGGUCAUUGACAAAAAGCGAUCCUUAUUGGGACUUUUGGCUACGUGUAAAAUGAAUGCCAAACGAGAACGACAAAUUUCUUAUGAUCAUGCACAUGGUGACAAGGAGACAUUCUGGAUUGGUUAUGAAAUGGUACAAACACCAUACGCAUUUGUCAAAUCGCAUGGAGGUGUUCUUGGAGGAUUAGGAGAUGGUGGCGAUCCAUCUCGUGUUUGCGGUAAUAUCUUACAUCUGGAUGCAUAUCAAAAGCCUUAUUGGUGGAAUGGAGGUCUUUUGCGAGAUAAAAACAAAUGGCCAGAUCGAUAUAUGAAGUUUACUCAUUAUGCACAAGGAGAGGAUUGGGAUUUUGAUACAUCUUGUAUCAAGGAAACCGAUCAGAUUCAUGAAUUUAAUAACAAGGAAAAAGGAAUCGCUAAAUUGUUUAUGAAAGCAGAUGAAGAAAUGAAAGAAUUCGAUCUCAUAGACUAAUAUCCAAAUAAUAAUAAUAAUAAUAAAAU